AUGUCGAGCAAGAUAGGCCGUCUUGCGGCCAAACUGCUGGGAAUUGAACUUAUCCCCUCUGAUCCAACCCCUACCUCCCACAAGCGCGACGCAUACGAACAUGUCGACUACUAUCUCGAGCCUGAACCUACCCUCGGUGACUGGGUGCGAGAGCAUACGCCCUCUGGGCGGGCCGUCCGCCACUACUUCUACCACAUGUUUCCCUUUUGGCAAUGGAUAUGGUCAUAUAAUAUGCAAUGGUUCAUUGGUGACAUGAUUGCCGGUAUCACUGUCGGUGCGGUAGUAAUUCCUCAAGGCAUGGCUUAUGCCAUCUUGGCUAAGCUGCCGGCGGAAUACGGACUCUACUCCUCCUUCAUGGGGGUUCUGAUCUAUUGGUUCUUCGCGACUUCCAAAGAUAUUACCAUCGGGCCGGUGGCAGUCAUGUCUACUCUCGUCGGGACCAUCAUCAUCGACACGCAAGAGAGAUACCCCGAUAUCGAGGCGACCACGAUCGCCGGAGCUCUAGCCAUUGUGUGUGGUGCCAUCGUCACCUUUCUGGGACUGACUCGUCUGGGAUUUAUUGUCGAUUUCAUUCCGCUGCCGGCCAUUACAGCGUUCAUGACCGGCUCUGCGAUCAACGUGUGUGCUGGACAGAUUAAGACUGUUCUCGGUGAGACUGCCAGCUUCUCGACUCGGGGAGCGACAUACAAGGUCAUCAUUGAUACCUUGCGCUAUCUCCCGACCUCCCAAAUGGACGCCGCCAUGGGCCUGACUGCCUUGGCUAUGCUGUAUGGCAUCCGGUCGGCGUGCAAUUACGGCUCACGCAAAUACCCUCACAAGGCGAAAGUCUUCUUCUUCCUCUCCACUCUCCGCACCGUCUUUGUCAUCUUGUUCUACACGAUGAUCAGUGCGGCGGUCAACCUGCACCGUCGCCACAACCCGGCUUUUAAGCUGCUGGGCAAGGUGCCGUACGGCUUUCAGCACGCUGGAGUCCCCGAGAUCAGCGUGGAUAUCAUUCGAACCUUUGCACACGAGCUGCCAGCCGCGGUGAUCGUCCUGGUGAUUGAGCAUAUUGCUAUUUCCAAGUCGUUCGGUCGCGUCAACAACUAUACCAUUGAUCCGUCGCAAGAGUUCAUCGCCAUUGGGAUUGCGAACCUGCUGGGACCCUUCCUCGGGGGCUAUCCCGCCACCGGCUCCUUUUCACGCACCGCCAUCAAGGCUAAAGCCGGGGUGCGCACGCCUCUGGCUGGUGUGAUCACUGCGGUGGUGGUUCUGCUGGCGAUCUAUGCCCUGCCGGCUCUGUUCUUCUUUAUCCCUUCAUCCUCCCUGUCCGCCGUGAUUGUGCACGCCGUGGGGGACCUGAUCGCCCCCCCGAGCACCAUCUACCGAUUCUGGCAGGUUGCCCCCUUGGACGCGAUCAUCUGCCUGGUGGGGAUCGUGGUCAUCAUUUUCUCGACCAUCGAGAUCGGGAUCUACUGUACGAUCUGCAUGUCCCUGGCGGUGCUACUCUUCCGCAUUGCCAAAGCGCGCGGGCAGUUUCUCGGGCAGGUGCAAAUCCACUCCGUGAUCGGAGACCACCUGUUGGAUGACUCCAGCACGAUCGACCUGACGAAGAAUGAUUACACUCAAUCUGCUCCACGAUCGCUCUACCUCCCGGUCUCCCACACGGAUGGCUCCAACCCGGCGAUCCAGCUGGUUCAGCCCACGCCGGGGGUGUUCAUCUACCGUCUCUCGGACGGGUUCAACUACCCCAAUGCCAAUCACUACACCGACCAUCUCGUCCAGCACAUCUUCGAUCAUACCCGACGGACCGAUCCUGCGAGUUAUGCUAACCCUGGGGACCGGCCGUGGAACGACCCCGGUCCACGCGCGAGGAACAAUGCGGAAAGGUCGACCAUGGUGGACUCGUCUGUCUCCCAGCCCAUACUCCGAGCCAUCAUUCUAGACUUUUCUGCGGUCAACAACGUCGAUAUCAGUGCCAUCCAGAACCUGAUCGACGUCCGCAAGCAGUUGGAUCAGUAUGCCGCCCCAAAUCUGGUGCAGUGGCAUUUCGCGCAUGUCAACAACAAAUGGACGAAGCGUGCCCUGGUGGCUGCUGGCUUUGAACGCCAUCUGCCGUCGGAGUCGCCACAGGGUAGGGUGGUAGAUCUGGCGGAGUGGGAUGAGGGCCCGGUGGAUGGGACGGCGCUUCGACCGAGCGAUGCCGAGUCUCAAGCCAGUGGCAAGGGCUGGAUUGAUAAGCAAGGCAUGCGAACAACAACCAAACCGACGCAGGCUGCACUGGAUGAGUCGGACCUGUCGUCGGAUAUUGAGCAUGCCAUCACCACGACGCAUCCAGUGCCACACACGGGUGGCACUGUGUUUGACCGCCCGCGACGACGCAUCGCCAUGGUGAUUGGUGUGAAUAUGCCGCAUUUCCAUGCCGAUCUGACGGGGGCGUUGGCAGCGGUCAAUAAGAGCUUGGAAGGGGGGGUGGGGGGGUCUCCUAAGCUGUAG